AUGUCGGGCCAAGCUGCAGCUCUCACGCCACCAAGCACCACCCUGGCACUGAUGUCGGGCCAAGCUGCAGCUCUCACGCCACCGAGCACCACCCUGGCACUCAUGUCUGGCCAAGCUGCAGCUCUCACGCCACCGAGCACCACCCUGGCACUCAUGUCGGGCCAAGCUGCAGCUCUCACGCCACCGAGCACCACCCUGGCACUCAUGUCGGGCCAAGCUGCAGCUCUCACGCCACCGAGCACCACCCUGGCACUCAUGUCGGGCCAAGCUGCAGCUCUCACGCCACCGAGCACCACCCUGGCACUGAUGCCGGGCCAAGCUGCAGCUCUCACGCCACCGAGCACCACCCUGGCACUGAUGCCGGGCCAAGCUGCAGCUCUCACGCCACCGAGCACCACCCUGGCACUGAUGUCGGGCCAGCUGCAGCUCUCACGCCACCGAGCACCACCCUGGCACUGA